AUGAGUGUUUUAAAAAAACUAUAAGAAGUUUUUGAUAUAAAUGAAUCUACUUUGAGUGGUUGUGUUGAUAUUAUUUGCAUAGAGUAGCCUGAUAAAACUCUUAAGUCCUCUUCUUUCCAUGUUAGAUUUGGAAAGUUCAAAGUACUUAAAAGCAAUGAAAAGAUAGUUACUAUCAAGAUUAAUGAUAUAAUUCAAAAAGUUACUAUGAAGAUGGAUUCAACAGGAGAAGCUUAUUUUGAAGAUAUUAGAGAUGAAAGCGCUUUGGAAAAAAUAUUUAAUGCAGGUCUUUCAUCAGAUGAUGCGUUUUCAGAUUAUGAAAUACCAAAUAUGUAAUCAGAUGAUGAAGGUGCAUUUGACAAAGAAAAGAUAAAUGAACAGAUAAGCAAAAAUUAGUAUAGGUUUGAUGAUUUAGUUUCUCCAUACAAAGACGUAAAAGAAAAAGAAAAAGAAGGAAAGUAAGCAAAUAACAUAAAUGUCAGUAAUUAAGGAUAGCAAACUAAGGAAAAGGAGGUAUCAGCUCUACCUUAAAAUUAAAAUUAACCUGAAUAGAAGAAAGGAGGAUUUUGGCAUUCUAUUUUUGGUGGUAGAAAGAAAUAAGAAGAUAGUAUAAGUAAUCAGACUAGUAGAAAAAAUUCAGAAAAUCCUACUUUAGAAGAGCUACAAAAAAUUACUUAAGAGUAGGUUAAAGAAUAGAAUAUAAGUGAAGUAAAAUAAGAAGGAUCUACUUAACUGCCAAGUUCUUCAUUUAAUUCUAAUGGUGUAGCUUCAAGUGAUAUCGAAAGCGAAGUUGAUAAAUUUGUUAUCAAUGACGAAAUUUAGGAGCGCAGUAAAAAUUAAUAAAAGAAUCAAAAUAUAAAUAAUAGCAAAUCUUAAGUCAGUAAUUCUAAUAGCUUGUAAUUCAAAGAAGAUAAAUAUAAAAUGAGUGAAGUAGUAGAAAAUUUAGAAAAAAAGAAGCCUUCUCCUUCUAUGGAAAAGAAAUCAUCUACUGAAGGAGUAAGUGAAACCUUAGAGAGAAAAGAAAGUUAAAAAUAAUUAAACACUAAUUAGAGCCAGACAAAUACCUAAAAUUCAGAAAAGGAUAAAAAGAAAGAUGGAAAAGAUUAAAAUAAGAUUGAGAUGAAAGAUCUCAUUGAUUAAAAUAAAGAUCUUAAAGAUUUAAUAUCUUCAAAAAAGCAAGAUAAAUAGUAAGUAGCUUAAUAGGAGGCUGGUAAAAUCUAAGAAGUUAAAGAAGAAGGAAAUGAAGAGGAAGAAGAUGAAGAAGAAGAGGAUGAAGAUGAAAUGGAAAUAGGUUUAUCACUUUGCAAUAACGUUUAGCAGAAAAAAGGUGAAAAUAAAUCAUUAGAUUAGUUAUUUGAAGAUUAUAAAGUUACUUAUGAACAAUUCAGUUAAGAUCCAGUCAAGAUUUUAAAUGAUAAAAAUCUUUUGCUUAAAAUUGGAUAUCAUUUAUAUCCCUUAGAAAUUGCUUCCACAAUUCUUAUUUGUCGUUUGGCAUUCAAAUAAGAAAUCCCUGAUAAUGUUCUACAAAAUAUGAUUAAGCAAUAAAAAAAGAAAUCAUCUUCUGGUUUCUUAGAUUUCUUUUUCCGCCGUAACAAAAAUGAAAGCACUCCACAGUAGAAGCCAGUAGAAGUAGAGCAUACUUAGCAGAAAGAUAAAACCCUCAAAAAAGAUAUUUCUAAUUUACAGUUAAAUUCAGGAGACAAAAAUGAUUAGUAAGUAUCUAGCCCAAUACAAUCCCCAAAAAGUGCUGAUAAUCUUGAUAUAAAUAAAGCUAGAAAAAAUAGUGAUGAACUCUCAGUUGUGAGUGAUUCUAACUCAGUAUUUGGAAAAUAAAAAAUUAGAAAAACAUUUAGACCAAAAUCAGAUAUUCUCAAAUCUUUUAAUUUAAAACCUGGUGCUAACAAAAUUAGUUUCACAGUAGUAACUAAAUUGCUAGGAGAAUAGACAUUGGAAGGAUAUAUUUAUUUAUGGUAGAGCAAUGUCUAAAUUGUAAUUUCAGACAUAGAUGGAACAAUCACCAAAUCUGAUGUACUUGGCUAAAUUAUGCCUAUGCUUGAUAAAGAUUGGACUCAUGAAGGCGUCAUUAGUUUAUAUUAAAAUAUAGUCAAAAAUGGCUAUUAAAUUUUAUAUUUAACUGCAAGAGCUAUUGGGCAAUCGGAGUAAACCAGAAAAUUUAUCUAUAAUGUGAAGCAAGAAAACGUCAAUCUCCCUUUAGGACCUGUAAUAAUGUCAUCUGAUAGAUUACUUAAAUCUUUUAAAAGAGAAGUUAUAGACAGAAAACCUGAGGUUUUUAAAAUUGCUGUUUUAAGAGAAAUUUAGUCUUUGUUCCCUAAUAAAAACGUCUAUUAUGCAGGAUUUGGAAAUAGAGAAACAGAUGCUGUAGCCUACAGAGCAGUUUAAGUUAGUAUUUAAAAAAUUUACAUUAUUAAUCCAGCUUCAGAGCUUCACUAAAUAAAUAACACUUUCAAAAAAAGCUAUUUAUAGUUAAAUGAUAUGGUUGAUUAAGUAUUUCCUCCCAUCAAGCAGGAAGAAGAUUAAAUUUAAGAAGAAUAUAAUUCAUUUAAUUUCUGGAAAAUAAAACCACCAGCUGUUGAAGAUAUUAACUAACUAUUAAGCGAAUGA